CAUCUAUAGUGCAUAGGCUAAUAUAUUGCCUUAUCGGGUAUCAAACCGUGACCUCAACUGAUAAAAAUGGAUGUUGGGAAACCACAACCGGAGAACGGACGUAAGCUAAAAUUGUCAGCUAUCAAUGUACCUCCUGAUGGCGGAUGGGGAUUGGUUGUGGUUGCUGCAGCACAUGUGUCACUUCUACUCAGCAUUGGAAGCCUCACGGCAUUUGGACCUUUUAUCAACAAACUCAAAGACUACUUUGACGAUACUACUAGUUCAGUUGCAGGUAUAAGCGGAACGGCUAUAUUUGUCACGUAUGCUAUUGGACCAAUAGCUAGUGCCCUCAACAAUAAAAUAGGUUGUCGUCUUGUUGUAUUUAUUGGUGGCUUGGUCGCAUCUAUUGGAUUAGUCCUCAGCUUCCUGGCAACAACAACUAUUCAUCUGUAUUUCACAUAUGGAAUUAUUUCAGGAAUAGGAUAUGGAUUGGCUAUGACACCGACUAUGGCGAUUACCGCAAGCUAUUUCAAGAGAUAUUAUGCCCUUGCUAAUGGGAUUGUCUUUACUGGAGUAGGAAUAGGAUGGAUUGCGUUACCACCACUUUAUCAAACAGGAAUACAAGUAUUUGGAUGGAGAGGAUCCAUACUGAUUUUGGCUGCAGUGACGUCAAAUAUCUGUGUUUGUGCAUGUGUGUUUCGCCCGCCUCCAAUGAGAAUAGUCUCUGUAUCAAAGAACAGUCUGAUGGACAUUGACAAUGAUGUUCAGCUUUAUACGACCGACCCCUUACUGGAACAUGCAAGAGAUACCAAAAAAAUCUAUCAGAAAAUAAAUGACACGUCAAUCAAAAACAGCAACAGAUGUUGCCAAUUUAUGACUGGCAUAUUUAAUCCUAAGCUUUUUCGUGAUCCACUGUUCCUUCUACAAAUGUUGGUCUUUUUCAUCUUCGGGCUCGGAUUUUAUCCAACCAUACUGCUUCUAGUGCCACGUGCAGUUUCCUAUGGAAUACCUUAUCCAUGGCCGACAGUUGUGUUGACUGCAUGGGGAGUGACAAGUGUAAUUGGAAGAGCCACUCAUGGUAUGAUUGUAGACCGUAAAAUUCUUACAUCAUGGCAAGCAGCAGGUCUGGCACUUAUCGUUUGUGGACUACUUAAUAUUUUCAGCUUUCCAGCAACGACUUUUUUAGGCUUGGCAAUACUGUACAGCGUUUUUGGUUUUGCUAAUGGAGUGCAGCACCCCAUUGCCGUGGUUGCUAUCAAAGACUUUGUCGGUGUGUCAAAGUUUCCUGAAGCAUUGGGAUUUUGUAAUAUGUGUCUUGGUAUCUCCGGAUUGAUUGGACCACCUGUUGCUGGAUCCGUAUACGAUAUUACUGGUAACUAUUACAACUCCUAUCUAUUUGCUGGCUGUUUAUUGUUUGCUGGUGGUGUUUUGGAGCUUGUUGGUCCUAUAUGCCUUCACAAAUUCUAUGGGAUCAUCCCUGAUUGUAAACAAAAUGUGAUAGAAACAGCAAAUGAAACUGACAAUAAUAAAACUAAGGUCGUGGCAGAUGCUGACCAGGAUUUUGACGACAGUGUCUGA